UUAUAUAAACUCAACACUAUCACUUCAUUCUCAUUCACAAACAAAGAGAAAAACAAGAGAGUACUAAGAGAGGAAGAAAAAAGAUGGGUAAGUGUUGCAUUACAUUGUUUUUGGUAAUGGUUCUGGUGCAAUCUGCCUUCGCGGCAAGAACUGCACCAGAGCAAAAGACUAACACAAACAUUGUCAACACAACUCAAGAUGAUAACAAGAAAAGUGGUGUAACAGUACCAGCAACCGACGAGAAGAACUUUGUCUCGUUCGGAGGUGUUGGUGGUGGUGUUGGAGGUGUUGCUGGAGUUGUUGGUUUACCCGUUGGCGGAGUUGGAGGGUUAGGUGGUGCUGGAGGUGUAGGAGGGUUGGGUGGUGCUGGUGGGUUAGGUGGGCUUGGUGGUGGUGCUGGUGGGCUUGGUGGGUUAGGUGGUGGUGCUGGUGGGCUUGGUGGUGGUGCUGGUGGGCUUGGUGGGUUAGGUGGUGGUGCUGGUGGGCUUGGUGGGUUAGGUGGGCUUGGUGGUGCUGGUGGUGGUGCUGGAACUGGAGGUGGUGCUGGUUGUGUUGGGGGUAUUCCUUAAGAUGAUUAUAGAUUAUGAUUAAUUAAUAGGUUGUUAUGGUGUGAUUAAUUGUGGUUUUGAGCUUAAUUAAUUAAUACUUCUAUUAUGUUGUUAUAACUCAUAAUUGUGUUUUAGUUAAUGGGGUGAAUUUUUGUUAUACUAAGCUAGUUUUGCAUGGUUGUAGGAGACUCUCUUGUGAGUGUUGGAGGGUAUGAGUUAUAUUGGUGUGUAUGUUGUCGUUUAUGCUUUUGUUGUUUAUUAUUAUUCAAUAAAAGUUUGUUAUUCAUCUUGUUUUA